AUGGCCACGACGAUGCUUCCAUUUCUUUAUCAAACCCGUACCAUUCAGCGUCUAGGGCGCUCGACGCCGGCGCACUUCGCCUUUUGCUCUCUGUUGCAUACAACUUCUGCGCGAAAUCUCUCUUCCUCAUCGUCGCAUCGUCGACGUCUCCCAAGCGAGGCGCCCAAAUUCGACACCCAAGAUCCGAUUCCUUUCGAACUUCCUGAAGAGCUAGCAGCCGAUCCGAGAUUCAACCCGCCGCCCGAAAACGAGCAUGAUGAAUCUGACCAUAGGCCGGGGACCAUUACGCCCAAGGAGCGCCAAAUGUUUGACGACAUAUUCAAAGAGAUAUCACGCACUGCUCAAGCCCCAAGCGGUGACGCGAUGAAUACGAAUAAUGAUAUGUCAGGUUCCUUUUUAGACUCGGCCAACACGUCUAGGUCGUCGACAAGCCCUUUCACAGAGUCUGCUCCUCGUGAGCAAAGUAUCAUCAGCAGCAUUCUUGGUGAUGCGUCGCAGGACCUGACGUCGGGCGUAAAGUCGAAACAUAAAAAUCUCUUGAAGGAUAUGCGUCAGCUGCACAACAUUGACCCCUUUGGUCGCGAUGCCAAUUCAGAUAUGUCAGCGCAAGAACGUUAUGAGAAGCUUCUCAGUUUCCCGCCUAGUCUCCGUGAAGCGGCUAAAAGGGCUCUUGGAAUUCUCAAACCUGUCGAAAAGGCCGGUGAAGACGACGACAUGAUGUCUUUGGAGCCAGAAACAAAACACCCGGAACACAUGCCCCUGAACCGAGAGGAGUAUAUGGCAGGCCGAAAAGAAGAGUCACUUUUGGAAGCCGAGGCAUCCCAAACAGAUGAGACAGAUGCGGGGCUGGUUGAAGAGCCCUCGCUUGCUGCUUCAUCAGAGGGGUUAUCAGAGAAACCCGGACCGUCGCUUAUGGACCUCGGGCGCCGCUUAGAUGUCAGAAUAAAGGCUGAGGAAUCAAGGAACCGGGAGCGUCGGCGUCUCGAGACCCUCAUGUUGCUGACCAAGUCUGACUUUGAGCUGUGGGACGUCUUGGAGCGCGAGGUGUUUUCCAUGGUUUCCCGGUUAGGUCUUGACGCGAAGGGCAAAUCGCCACCGCGUCGUGGAAAGAAGUCGAAGAAGGCAUCCGAUCCUUCCAUGGCAUCUGUGUCAUCUGACAGUGAGUCCCGGCCUCGGCUCGACUUGCUCACACAUGGCCCGCUGUAUUCUUCCCACAUUAUCUUGGGACUUACGACCAUGGACAAACGCUACCCCGGGUCUCCACUGGCACUUGCAAUCCUCCCGCGAGUAAAAUCGCUUGGCCUGGCAUCCUACAUCCUGGGGGCCAGUGUAGAUCUCUACACAACACAGAUGAAAAUGCACUGGCAACGCUAUCGAGACGUCCGGGCCGUCCUCGAUCUCAUGGAUGAAAUGAGGAGUGCAGAACUUCUAUUUGAUCACCAACACCUGGUCAUGUUGGAUCAAAUGGAACGUGCUAUUCUGCUCUGCCUCAGUGGCAGGAGAGGCGAUGCAAUGGCAAAUAUCUUUGCUUCGCCAGAGUGGGCCACAUUAUUGGUGACGCGAAUUGCACACUUCAAGAAUUGGAUCAAAAAGGACCUCAAAAACCGCGAAAAUGACGAGCCGCGCUUUGCUGCUGCUGGGAACAUCCGGUUGUGA